AAAAUACAGAGAGUCAGAGACAAAGAACAACAACUGAGUCAAACAAACGUUAAUAAUAACGUAAGCCCCACGCUACAACAACACAAACAAAACAAAUCAAAUUGGAUUUUGAACGAAGAAAGAAAGAAUUGUAAUAAUAUGAUGACCGAGUUGACUCAGAUGACUCCGACCGAGAUAUCCAGCUCGCCGGUGACUCACCAAGCAUGGAACGCACUAUUGAGUUGGUUGGAUUUCUUCUACCAAAUAUUUUCUCAGAUUAUUGGUUCCUUUGCGAAUUACCCUUUACUCUCUUUUUGUUCUCAUGCUUCCUUCAAUUCUCUACCCAUCAUUGACAAUCAUUCCUCUCUUCAAAUCUCCGACGAUGACAACAACGACUCCGAUGAUCACCAGAAGAAGCUCACGGUAGUGCUUGACUUGGAUGAAACACUGAUAUGUGCAUACGAGACAUCGAGUUUGCCAGAUGCACUAAAAACUCAAGCAAUUGAAGCCGGUUUAAAUUGGUUUGAGCUCGAAUGUGUAUUCCCUAACAUGGAAGCCGAUGGAAAACCAAUAAUCAAUCACGUUACAGUCUUCGAACGCCCCGGUUUGAAAGAAUUCUUAAGACAACUUAGUGAAUUUGCUGACCUGGUUCUGUUCACUGCUGGUCUAGAAGGUUAUGCUAGACCACUUGUUGACAGAAUAGACCCUGAAAAUCUGUUUAGUCUACGACUUUAUCGGCCCUCAACAGUUAGCACUGGAUAUCGAGAACACGUAAAAGAUCUUAUAAGCAUAUCAGAAGAUCUAUGUCACAUUGUUAUUGUAGACAACAAUCCCUACAGCUUUUUAUUGCAACCACACAACGGAAUUCCAUGCGUCCCGUUUUCUGCAGUACAACCAAAUGACACACAGCUUCUAGAUGUGAUUCUUCCACUUCUAAAGCAACUAUCUGACCAAAAAGAUGUUAGACAUUUGCUCUAUGAAAAGUUUCAUAUGCCUGAAUGGUUCCAACAAAAUGGGAUUCCAGUUCCCAAUUGACAUCAUUGGAAUUUUUUCUGAUCAUUCAACACUAUAGAUUUAUACAUGUAGAUCACUAGAUAGAUGAAUUCUUGAAAAGUACCUUUUUGUUAUAGCUACUGUUAUGAGAAACAUUGAGAUAUUUUGUGCAGAGUCAACUUAAAUGAUUUGAUUUAUCACCUAUUUUCUUUAUAUGGCAAA